CAUGAAGAACUGAGCAGAGCUGGUUAUCUGGAAAGAAGAGAUUUUAAUUUAUCAGUCUUAAAAUAUUACCUCAUUUUUUAGGCUUUCUCCCUAGUUUUGUGUAUUUGCUCCUAUAGAAAUGACUUUUUGAAGUUUUCUUAUGAUUUGAAUGGACAUUUCAAAUUACCCUUUUACAUAUUUGUCACAAUUAUGAGCUUGGCUUUAUUAUAUUCAUACACAAGUCAUAAAAAAUUGAGAGACAAACAAAUAAAAGUCAUCUUAAUUGUUGUUUAUGGAUUAUGUUAUGGAUUUUUUAUUCAAGCUAUUUACUCUUCUACUUAUUGUAAUUACAAUCCUUAAAAUAACUAUUAUGGAAGUAUCCUAAAUAAUUAAGGAAAUUGUGAGAUUGUUAUAAUUUUACUUAGUUUCAUCAAUCUUGAAACAUAUUCAUUAUUUUCUUAUUGUAUGUAGGAAGUAGAAGAAUUGAGCAUUAAAAGUUAAAUUUAUUUUUAUAAUUCUAGAUUCAUUUUGGUAUAUAAUAUUACCUAACUUGACUUUUGGAGGUAUUUUGUUUUCCCUUUAUUACAACUAUGAAAUAUUAUGUUUCAUGAUAGCUUUCAGUUGUUGUUUUGGAUUUUAUCUUCAAUUCACUCUAAAGAGGAUGAUAAAAUCAAAGAAAGUAUUUUAUUUAAAUAUAAAUUCAGUUCAAAUUACGAUCAGAUGAAGGUGCAUUUGCAUCUGUUUUAUUUAGUUUCUUAAUAUUGGUUCCAUUCUUUGAUUUGGAAAUCAAAAGCAAACAGAUACAAGCCGACAUAACCCAAAGCGAAAAUUCUGAAUAGAAAAAUGUACAAUGAGG